UAUACAUUAAUUCUCCCCCAAACUCUUAAUUGAUGUAUAGGUAGUUAAUUUGAGAAGUUUGCCGUGAUUAUGGUAGUGAAUUUCGUGGAGUUUUAGUUAAUUUAUCAUAUUUAGUUACUAUAUAGUUGCAUGAAGUUAUCAAGGAGAAACGAAUUUUUUUUUCCUCUUGAUAUGAAAUGAAGGGGUCAAGCCUGCUGCUUCUUAAAGAUGUUUUGAUGGUAUACUAAAUUUCGAAUUUUAGUUUUCUGCUCUAUGGCUGAUAAUUGUUUCUUCUCAAUUUCUUUGUGAUAAGCAUUUGUGUACUGUGCUGUUUGACAUUAUUACAUAAUUGUAGCCGGUACAACGAAAUGAUUAUCGAAGCUUUGUCAGCGUUGAAAGAGCCAAACGGAUCAGAUAACAGAGCAAUUAUCAGCUACAUUGAGCAAAGGCAAGAGGUGCCUCAAAGCUUUAGGAAGCAGUUAUGUUCAAGGUUGAAAAGGCUGGUUGCAGUAGAAAAACUAGAAAAGGUGCAGAAUCGGUACAAGAUAAGAAAAGAUGAGACAUUUGGGACGAAGACACCUAGCCCAAAACAGAAAGGAAUGCGGCUUAAGCAUGUAACUUGUGAUUCAGUUGAAGAAGCUUCAGUAACUGCUGCCUAUUUGAUUGCUGAAGCAGAAAAUAAGUCCUUUGUUGCAGCUGAAGCAGUUAAAGAGGCAGAAAGAGUCUCAAAAAUGGCUGAAGAUACAGAUUCACUGCUGCAGUUGGCCAAAGAGAUUUUUGAAACAUGUUCUCAAGGUGAAAUUAUGCUCAUGGCAUAGGAAAUGUGGAUUAACAGUAGAGAUGACCCCUUGAAUUAGAACAUGUACAUAUUGUUGGUAGUGUUUUCUCUUCUUUCUCUUGGGAUGUGACUUGACUAAUUCAUAUGAGAGAUUACUCCCCAGUUAUUUGAAUAUUGUUGCGUCUUGCUAGUGCA